GAUCUUCAUCCAUCGUGACCCCAAUUGCCUAUGCCCCAUCGUGUUCACCGCCUUCUUCUCUCUGGCCCCUUUGCUUCUCACCUGGGAGGCUCUAGACCCACCUUGUUCCCCUGUAGGUGGGCAGGGAACCGGUGCUCUAGAAGCAGGGGAGUGGGGGAUUUCCCUCCUUUCUACGUCUCCUUCUCCUCUCCGCCCCCCGCCCUUCCUGCGUUGCUGCGCUUCCUGGGCCACUGGGUUUGGACUACUGCAGCAGCUGCUGUUCUGCUGUGUCAUGGAAGGAGGCAGCGGCAGUGGCUGGAGCACAAGGGGGAGGAGGGGAGGAACCUGAUCUCCGGUACCGAGGGGCUGGAGGCAAAUGCCCAGCUCCCACAGAGCCGCCUUAUAGCGGGGCAGGUGGCAGCCCUCCUACCCCGGGUGACACCCACCUCGGGGACCAUGGUUUCUUCUCCAGUCUUCAAAAAUCUAGGCUCCUGGGGCUGUGUUUGUGGGUCACCCAAAUAAAUCUUGUGCUCCUGGCAUUCUCUCUACCAUUGGACUCACAGUCCAUCCCAUACUUCAGAGACACUGAGGCAGACCAAUGGGAAGGAUAUGGGUUCCUUUGAAAGAAGAUUUCACCCAGUUUUGAUUUCUGUAAGAAGAAUGCUUGAAAGAGAUUGACUUUGUUCCAGAAAAGAGAGGACCCAAGCAACAAUACUUACUUAGUUCAGAAAGAAUGUAGUGAGCUGGGCCAGCCGUAGAGUUCCACCGGAUCUCAAUUUUGCCAUAUCCCGGAGUUUUGCCAGGAACCAAAGUCAACUUCACCGACCUAUACUUUGCAGAUUCCACUGUCUUUCCUAUCCUGAAAACUAGGACAUUUACAUUCCUCCAGUCUUAUGGCACCUCUUCUGCUCUGCAGUAGCUUUCAAAUAUCACUGACAAUAACUCAGCAAUCAUUCCCCAGGCGUGAAUAUUUUAGUGGAUAAGCCAAAUGACCAAUCUUCACGAUGGUCUUCAGAGAGCAAUUACCCUCCCCAGGUAUGAAUGAACAAUGAAAUGAGUAAAAGAUAGGUGGCAGGACAGAAAAAGAUGAAAAACCAUGGCUCAUCCGCAGAUUGGGUCAUCAGAAGAAGGGAGGUGCUAGUACCUGAUUCUCAAGCUUGAAAGACCUGCUAUAGUCCAGAGUAUCACAUUUGGAAAAUAUGAGAAGACUCAUGUCUGUAAUUUAAAGAAGUUUAAAGUCUUUGGUGGGAUGAAUGAAGAAAAUAUGACAGAGCUAUUAUCCAGUGGCUUAAAGAAUGAUUAUAACAAAGAAACAUUCACCUUGAAGCAUAAAAUCGAUGAACAGAUGUUUCCAUGUCGAUUCAUUAAAAUAGUUCCACUCUUGUCCUGGGGACCCAGCUUUAACUUUAGCAUCUGGUAUGUUGAACUUAAUGGCAUUGAUGAUCCCGAUGUUGUGCAACCCUGUCUCAACUGGUAUAGCAAGUACCGUGAACAGGAAGCCAUUCGCCUUUGUUUAAAGCACUUCCGUCAACACAACUACACUGAAGCAUUUGAAUCACUACAGAAAAAAACCAAGAUUGCUCUGGAACAUCCCAUGUUAACUGAUCUGCAUGACAAACUGGUGUUGAAGGGUGAUUUUGAUGCUUGUGAAGAGUUAAUUGAAAAAGCUGUAAAUGAUGGUUUGUUCAAUCAAUAUAUCAGUCAACAGGAAUAUAAGCCACGGUGGAGUCAGAUCAUCCCCAAAAGUAUGAAAGGUGAUGGAGAAGAUAGCAGACCAGGAAUGAGAGGUGGACAUCAAAUGGUUAUUGAUGUUCAGACAGAGACUGUUUACUUGUUUGGUGGCUGGGAUGGAACACAAGAUUUGGCUGACUUCUGGGCAUACAGCGUGAAGGAGAACCAGUGGACUUGUAUAUCUAGAGACACUGAGAAAGAGAAUGGGCCUAGUGCCAGAUCUUGUCAUAAAAUGUGUAUUGACAUUCAGCGAAGACAGAUCUACACACUGGGACGUUACUUGGAUUCCUCUGUGAGGAACAGCAAAUCUCUGAAAAGUGACUUCUACCGCUAUGACAUCGACACAAACACAUGGAUGUUGCUAAGUGAGGACACUGCUGCUGAUGGAGGACCCAAGUUGGUGUUUGAUCAUCAGAUGUGUAUGGAUUCUGAAAAACACAUGAUCUAUACUUUUGGUGGAAGAAUUUUGACUUGUAAUGGCAGUGUAGAUGACAGUAGAGCCAGUGAACCUCAAUUCAGUGGUUUAUUUGCUUUUAACUGCCAAUGUCAAACAUGGAAACUUCUUCGAGAGGAUUCUUGUAAUGCUGGACCUGAAGACAUCCAGUCCCGAAUAGGACACUGCAUGCUUUUCCACUCAAAAAAUCGUUGCUUAUAUGUGUUUGGUGGUCAGAGAUCAAAAACCUACUUGAAUGAUUUCUUCAGUUAUGACGUAGACAAUGACCAUGUGGACAUUAUAUCAGAUGGCACCAAGAAAGACUCUGGGAUGGUCCCAAUGACGGGUUUUACACAAAGAGCAACCAUUGAUCCGGAGCUGAAUGAAAUACAUGUCCUGUCUGGACUCAGCAAAGACAAAGAGAAGAGGGAAGAGAAUGUCAGGAACUCCUUCUGGAUUUAUGACAUUGUGAGGAAUAGUUGGUCUUGUGUCUAUAAAAAUGAUCAAGCUGCGAAGGACAAUCCAAGUAAAAGUCUACAGGAAGAGGAACCAUGCCCGAGAUUUGCCCAUCAGCUUGUGUAUGAUGAGUUACACAAGGUUCAUUAUUUGUUUGGUGGAAAUCCUGGCAAAUCCUGUUCUCCAAAGAUGAGAUUAGAUGAUUUCUGGUCAUUGAAACUCUGCCGUCCUUCAAAGGAAUACUUGUUGAGGCAUUGCAAAUACCUCAUAAGGAAACACAGGUUUGAAGAAAAAGCCCAGACUGAUCCUCUUAGUGCUCUGAAAUAUUUGCAGAAUGACCUUUAUGUAACUGUGGAUCAUUCAGACCCAGAGGAAACAAAAGAGUUUCAGCUCCUAGCUUCAGCUCUGUUCAAGUCUGGCUCAGAUUUCACAGCACUAGGCUUUUCAGAUGUGGAUCACACCUACGCUCAAAGAACUCAGCUCUUUGAUAUCUUAGUAAAUUUCUUUCCAGACAGCAUGACCCCUCCCAAAGGAAACCUGGUGGACCUUAUCACACUGUAACUGAAGAGUCAUUUGGCACAUACCUAUGAAGAAGAAGAAGAAGAAGUCUGCAUUCAGUAUUUGGGAUUUUGACUGUGUCGACUGACAGGUUGCGGUGAUAGAGGAUGACAUCAGAUCUUUGAAGGGAUCUCACUGUUUUAAGUUUUGACCCUCUUCCUUCAUACCCUCAGCUCACCACACUUUCCUUACCCUCUUCCUAAAUUAGGCAAAUAAAGUGGAAUUACUAUUCUUUC